UUCUCUCUCUCUCUCUCUCUAUCUCUAUCUCUUCUGUAUCUUCUUCUCUCCAAUUCUGUGGAUUCCUCCUUUCUCUCUCUAAAAACUUCUGGUCUGGUUUCUUCUGGUGCGUCGAAGAAGAAGAAGACCACCUGAGGAGUCACACGACGACGAUGAAGCACUUCAUGCAGCCAAGAAACACCAUCUUGAGGGAGACGGAGCCUCCGCCUUCCCAAAACCCUAGCAGCGCCACCGCCAAGAUCCGCCCCUCGCGGAAGCAGAAAUCUUCAAAGGAGAACGCUCCGCCAUCGGAUCCUAACUCAUUGCCACCGCUUCCCAAACCCUCGCCCUCCGCUGCUGCUAAGUUGAAGAGUCCGUUGCCUCCGCGCCCGCCCUCGUCUAACCCUCUUAAGAGGAAGCUACACAUGGAGACUGUUCCUGAGAACUCUGUGUUUGGAUCCUCCGAUUCUGGCGUCCAGGUAGUAGUGCGAAUGAGGCCACCACGCAAUGACAGGGAUGAAGGAGGUAUGAUAGUCGAGAAACUUUCAAGUGAUUCUUUAACCAUCAACGGGCAAACUUUCACAUUUGACUCAGUUGCGGACCCAGAGGCAACACAGCUUGAUCUUUUCCAGCUUGUGGGAGCGCCUCUUGUUGAAAAUUGUAUGGCGGGUUUUAACAGUUCUGUUUUUGCUUAUGGCCAGACUGGAAGUGGGAAAACUUACACUAUGUGGGGUCCAGCCAACGCAUUGUUGGAUGAAAACAUAUCGAGUGAUCAACAAGGUUUAACUCCUCGAGUUUUUGAGCGUCUCUUUGCUCGCAUAAACGAGGAGCAAAUCAAGAAUUCGGAUAAACAACUCAAGUAUUUGUGUCACUGCUCUCUUCUUGAGAUUUACAAUGAACAAAUAACGGAUUUAUUGGAUCCUAACCAAGGAAACCUCCAGAUUAGAGAAGAUGUUAAAUCAGGGAUCUAUGUUGAAAAUCUUACAGAAGAGUGUGUGCGUACAAUGGAGGAUGUAAAUAAGCUUUUAACGAAGGGGUUGUUGAACAGAAGGACAGGUGCAACAAGCAUUAAUUCUGAGAGUUCUCGCUCACAUACUGUUUUUACCUGUGUUCUGGAAUCUCGGUGCAAGAGCACGGAUGGUCUGAGCAGCUUCAAAACCAGCAGAAUAAAUCUUGUUGAUCUAGCAGGGUCAGAGAGACAAAAAUUAACAGGUGCAGCAGGGGAGCGCUUAAAGGAAGCGGGAAAUAUUAAUCGUUCAUUGUCACAGCUUGGGAAUUUGAUAAACAUUCUUGCUGAAAUUUCCCAAACAGGAAAGCAGAGACAUAUCCCCUAUAGAGAUUCCAGGCUGACAUUUUUAUUGCAGGAGUCCCUUGGAGGGAAUGCGAAAUUAGCAAUGGUCUGUGCUAUAUCACCCACACAAAGUUGUAAGAGCGAGACUUUCAGCACAUUGAGAUUUGCUCAGCGUGCUAAGGCUAUCAAGAACAAGGCAGUUGUUAAUGAAGUAACAGAGGAUGAUGUAAACCACUUGCGUGAAGUAAUACGACAGCUACGGGAUGAGCUGCAUCGAAUAAAGUCAAAUGGAGUUAACCCACUUGAUUCUAAUGGAGGACACUCAGCAGCAUGGAUACGUAGAAGUUUACAUUUAUUAAAGUCUACCAUUAAUCGCCCAAUGACAUUACCCCAUAUUGAUGAUGAUGGUGAUGAGGAGAUGGAGAUUGAUGACGAAGCUGUUGAGAAGCUGUGCAUUCAAGUGGAGAAGCAAUCAGCUGCAAGUGGAGCUGGCAACAUAACUGCUUUGAGCAAGGAGGAAAUUGUUAAAUCAGAUUCGCAACUUGUGGACUCUGAAUUGAGAAGUUCUAAUGAUCCUCAUCCCUGUACCAAAAAACAGGAUUUCGAGGACACGGAUGUCAAAAUGGAAGAAGUAAUAUCACAACAAGAUGAGCCCAUGAUUGUUGAUUCUGGUGAAGCUGUUGGAGAAAAACCAGAAAUUUCUAAUGAUAAUAUGCUGAAUUCUCAUAAUGUUGCUGAGGAAAAUAACCAUAACACUGAAACCUGUUUGUCUGGACUGUCUGCUCAAGACAACAAUAACCUUGGCUCCUCUGCCAGUGAACUGCUAAAUGAAGAAUCAGAAAGCAAAAUGGUACAGGACAAUUGUUGCUCUUUACCUAACUCUGAAUCAGCUUAUGAAGAGCCUGUGUGCAUGCCAAUUGAAGAUAGAUGCAACAAUUCUCCAAAUAAGUCAAUGAAUGGUGCAUUUCCAAGUCUCACAAUAGUUCCAUGUGAUGUAUCCCCAAACCUUCAAUCUCCAACUCCAAGCCUUUCACCAAAAACUAACAGCAGCAGGAAAAGUUUGAGGACCUCAUCUAUGUUAAGUGCUUCCCAAAAAGUUCCAUUGGACAAGAGUGCAUCUUUGGCGAAAACCCCAAAAGAGAGCUCUGCCAAUACUAUAUCUACUCAAACAAGCAGGAGUUUUCUUGCACCAACUGAACAUUUGGCUGCAAGCAUCCGCCAUGGUCUUGAAAUAUUUGAUAGUAACCGUCAGAGUUCAGCUUUUAGGAGGUCAACAUAUAGGUUCUCGUACAAACCAUCAGAAUCUAAGAUUUUUUUGCCAGUUCCCAAAGUUGAUGUCGGUGUGCAAACUAUUCAAUCAGAAGACUCGGUGGAAUUUACGUGUGGUAGUUGCAAGAACAGAAUGCAACUAGAGGCUAAAGAAGAGGCCAAUGAUGAUUUGAACCUGCAGUUAGUACCUGUUGAUGGCAUAGGAUCUGCUGAAAAAUUAAAAUUAGUUCCUAAAGCAGUGGAAAAGGUCUUGGCAGGAGCUAUCCGGAGAGAAAUGGCUCUAGAAGACUUAUGUGCCAAGAAAACUUCUGAGAUAGUGCAGCUUAAUCGUUUGGUCCAACAGUACAAGCAUGAAAGAGAAUGCAAUUCCAUAAUCACACAGACGAGGGAGGAUAAGAUUUUGCGUCUUGAAGGCCUUAUGGAUGGUAUUUUACCCACUGAGGACUUCAUGGAGGAAGAACUAGUAUCCCUCAAACAUGAGCAUGAGCUUUUGAAGGAGAAAUAUGAGAAUCAUCCAGAAGUUUUGAGGACAAAAAUUGAGCUUAAAAGAGCUCAAGAUGAGCUAGAAAACUUGCGAAAUUUUCAUGAUAUGGGAGAGCGGGAAGUAUUGUUGGAAGAAAUUCAAGACUUAAGAAGUCAGCUUCAGUACUAUGUGGAUUCAUCAUCGUUAUCGCGGAAGCGAAACCCAGUACUGCAGUUGACACAAGCAUGUGACGCGAGUGCGCCCCCUCCUCUUAGUACAAUUUCGGAGUCUAAGGAUGAAAGUGUUGAUGACAAACUUGAACAGGAAAGAAAGCAUUGGACAGAGGCAGAAAGUAAGUGGAUUUUUCUUGCUGAUGAAUUGAGAGUUGAACUCGAUGCUACCAGAUUACUAGCUGAAAAGACAGCGCGGGAACUAGACACUGAGAAGAAAUGUGCAGAAGAGCUGAAGGAAGCAAUGCAGCUGGCCAUGGAGGGACAUGCACGUAUGCUAGAACAAUAUGCAGAUUUGGAAGAGAAACAUAUGCACCUGCUUGCAAGGCAUAGGAAGAUACAAGAAGGAAUUGAGGACGUCAAGAAAGCAGCUGCUAGAGCUGGAGUUCGGGGUGCUGAGUCCAAAUUUAUAAAUGCUCUUGCCGCUGAAAUUUCAGCAUUAAAAGUAGAAAGAGAAAGAGAAAGGCGGUACCUUAGGGAUGAGAACAAAGGUCUUCAGGCCCAACUGAGGGACACUGCUGAGGCUGUGCAUGCUGCAGGUGAAUUACUUGUGCGGCUUAAAGAAGCCGAAGAAGCUGUUGCCACUGCCGAGAAGCAAGCUAUGGAUGCAAUGCAAGAAGCUGAUAAUGCCUAUCAACAGAUGGACAAAAUGAAGAGAAAAUAUGAAAAGGAGAUUAGCACUCUCAACGAGCUCCUUGCUGAUUCUCGUCUACCUAAAGACACAACAACAAAACCAGCUUUCGAUGAUGAUACGGUAAAAUACGACGAAGGGGAGCCUUGUGAUGAUUCAAAUGACCAUAAAUGGAGAGAGGAAUUUGAACCAUUCUAUAAUGGUGAAGAUGGUGGUGAGUUACCAAAACUUGCAGAACCCUCUUCAUGGUUCUCUGGUUACGAUAGAUGCAACAUAUAAUAAUUAUGUGUAGAGAGACAUAAUUAGUGUCAUAGGAAACUAAUAGAAAGUUUCUGUGUUAUAUAUAUAAUAUAAUAUAGCUCGUAUGAUGAUCAUUUCUAAGUGGUUCUUCCAUUGUACUUUGUUGUAGUCAUAUUUUAUUAUUCAUUAGCCUCUCUAGCUUUUCAACA